GUUGUGGUUAGCUGUGUGCGUGUCAUUUUGCCCCCCGAAACGGAUUGUUUGCACGAAAAUGGACAAACUAAAUGAAAAUGUUCGCGAAAAGAAGCAUAUUAAGCUGGGAGAGAUUGACUCGGGCCCCAUCCUUGUGGCCCUGCUGCUCGGCUUCAUUGCUGUGGCGAUCUUUGUCAUUCUGCGACGACGCUCGGCAGGCCGCAGGGACUUUCUCCUAACCGGGCUAAGUGAGUCCGGCAAGAGUGCCAUAUUUAUGCAGCUGCUGUAUGGCAAGUUCCCGGAGACCUUCACGUCCAUCAAGGAGAAUGUGGGCGACUAUCAGGCGGGAGGCCACUCAUCCGUUCGCCUCGUGGACAUACCCGGACACUAUCGCGUGCGGGACAAAUGCUUCGAUCUGUAUAAGCACAAGGCCAAGGGCAUUGUUUUUGUCGUGGACUCGGUGACGGUGCAAAAGGAUAUCAGGGAUGUGGCAGACACUCUGUACACCAUUCUGACGGACAGUGCCACGCAGCCGUGCUCUGUGCUGGUGCUGUGCAACAAACAGGACCAAACGACAGCCAAGAGUGCACAGGUCGUCAAGAGUCUGCUCGAAAAGGAGCUGCAUACCGUGCGGGACACACGCAGCCGCAAGCUGCAAUCCGUGGGCGAUGAUGAUGUGAACAAGCCCGUGACGCUGGGCAAGCCUGGCAGGGAUUUCGAAUUUGGCCACAUCUCGCAGAAUAUUCAGUUUGUGGAAUCAUCUGCUAAGGAUAAGGAACUGAAUACCCUGACCGACUGGAUGGGCCGCAUCAUGUGAACGAACACCCACCCGAGAGAGAUUAAGAGAGUGGGGACUGAAACCCAAUAACCUUUGAAUCCUAAAACAACCGAGUGCGGAACAACACCCCCACAGCAACAACAAAAACAACACAAUGAUAUUUAUAUAAAGUUUAGCUGUCCCUUUUUAUAUGCUCCCUCAAAUCGUAACUACCAAGUGUAUGCCAUGCCUGGAGGUACGUACGAGUAAUUCCCUUAUUAGAAUGUUAGAUCCCCCAUACCCUUUGGCCACUUCUUUUCGUACUACUGCUGCUCGGAAGGGCUAUUCGUAGGCUUUAAAUCGGAAUAUUGUAUCAAAUUAAGAAGUACAUAUA